UUGUUGCAUUUUAACGACGGUAAUCACAAGCCCACACGUACAUAUAAAGCCACAAACCCCCUACUUCGCUUAUCAAUUCUCAUCAUCACCACCACCAUCACCACCGUCUUAAACCAAACAAAACAAAAGCAAGAAAAAGAAAAAGAAAAAGAAAAAGAAACAGAAACUAAAGCCAACAAAGUCCAAGAAAUAAAAAAGAACACAUCAUGAUCCCAUAAUAACAAUGGAAGAAGCAACAACAUCUUCAACAUCAUCAACAAUCAUGGCAGCACUCUCCACUCUCUCUCCCACCACCGUCUCCAAUCUCACCCACUCCAUCAUCUCCGCCACCAACCACCGCACCCACCGCCUCGCCCUCCUCCUCUCCUCCCCAACCCUCUUCUCUCUAACCCUCCACUAUCUCCAUACCCUCUCUCUCCACCAAAAAACCCUCCUCAUCGCGCGCCACCUCCUCUCUUCUCUCCACACACUCACUCGCCACGCCGCAAUGCCGCCACCAUUGUCAACUUCAAUGCGGCAACGCGAUCUCGACGCGGUUCUCCUCCUUCUCUUGUUCUGCGAGACGCACAACCACAACCCCGAGCUUUUAGAAGAUUCCUUUUCGGAAUGGAGGGUGAAUUUGAGAAGGGCUUUCCGGGAGAAAAUCUUGAUCCCUUAUGUGGAAACGGUGGUUCGGUGCAUGGGGCUGGUGGGGUCCAUGGGAUGUUGUGUAGGGAGAGGGAAUAAUAAGGAGGAGGUGGAGGUGGCAGCAGCGGCGGCGGCGGUAGUGGCUUUGCCGGCGGUGGAGGUGGCGGUUGGAGGAAAAGAGUGUGUGAUUUGCAAAGAAGAGAUGCGCGUGGGGAGGGACGUUUGCGAAUUGCCAUGUCAGCAUUUGUUUCAUUGGAUGUGCAUUUUGCCGUGGCUUGGAAAGAGGAACACUUGUCCCUGCUGCAGGCUCAGGUUGCCGUCCGAUGAUGUUUUCGGAGAGAUCCAACGGCUGUGGGGUGUUUUGGUUAAGAUGGGUGGAAAAGAAUGUGGAGGCGGUUAAUUCUGUUGACCUUAUUUCUUGUACUUUAGGACUAUGAUUCUUCGAUUUUACGAAUUUCAUUUAUAAGUAUUUCUCUAAUAUCAGAGUUAAUAGCUAGUUGGGAUUUUAGCUAUUUCCUUCAGAGUUUGAUCCCUGUUGGCUUGAAUUUUACGCUCAGGAAUUUAUGUUUCUAGAGAAGCUUUGCAUCGAUCUAAGAAAAUAGUCACUUUCUUUUAUUAGUUGUGGAUAUUUUGAAAAAAUAUUGUAAAUAUCAAUUAGUAAGUAUGCCAAAUUUUUCUUCGGGCCUAGUAGCUAGUUUGUAAAACAAAGAAUUAAUUUUUUCGUUA